CAUCUGCUAUCUUCCAUUAAGAGUGCAGUGUAACGUUAACUUACUGUCCGUGCUGCAGGAACACACAGGUGCUGAUUUAAAAACUUUGAACUCUGCUCUUGAUAGAGAAGCUGAACUUCGAACUGUCAGUUUAGAUACAAGACCAGCUAACUCUGCUGUAGAGUUUCAUAUCUGGUAAAUAUUUCAAAACCUGGGUACAUAAACUGAAGUUAUCUGCAUUUCCAGUAAAACACUAAGUGAAAGAGCAAAGUGCCUUAUUUCCCUGCUCGGUAAACCCUUUUCAAUCUGCACACAAGAAGAUGGCUGAUAAAGUGGCUGACUUUCCCAGUGGCCCGCUGGAUAUCUACAGGAACAAAGCGUCCUUCAACUGGAAGGACAUGCUCUGCUUCUUAGACGGAGAGGAAAUCAUUGCAUUCAAGCAACAAGUGUUCCAGGCACUUGAGAAUGACCCUCUGUUUGCACGUCGGCCCGGCGAAGACGUCCCUCUCGAAAAAAUGAGAGAGCUGACCUUCCUCAGGGUAAAGCAGCUCUUCCGCUAUGACUUCCUGAAAAAAGAAGAGGUGAUGGCUAACCCCUGGAAGUCUAUAACGCUCAGUGAUUGCCUGGGCAUGUACGACUGGGCCAUGGGGGCCAAGUACUUUCUCAACAAAGGGAUGUUUGGAGCGACUGUUGCCAACUCCGGAUCAGGGAGACACAGCAAAUAUGUUGAAAACACUGAAGACAUGACGACGUUUGGAUGCUUUGGACUGACUGAGCUGAGCCACGGCAGCAACACCAGAGCCAUGAGGACCACAGCAACAUAUGACCCCUCCACCCAGGAGUUUGUGAUCAACUCUCCGGACUUUGAGGCCGCCAAGUUCUGGGUGGGGAACAUGGGUAAGACUGCGACCCACGCUGUGGUGUUCGCUCAGCUCUACACACCCGACCAGUUCAUGAACUUUGUUGAGUUCCAGAUUGGACAGAUGAUGAGGGAGAAGAGUGACAGACAAGCAGAGAUGGGCAGGGAGAUCCAUGCUAUAGGCUGCUCCAGUAAACCACUGGGAUCGUGGAUUGCUCAGAGGGGCAUCCAGGAGUGUAGGGAGGCCUGCGGUGGACAUGGAUACCUGGCCAUGAACAGGCUCGGUGAUCUGCGUAAUGACAAUGACCCAAACUGCACAUAUGAAGGAGACAACAACGUCUUGCUGCAACAGACCAGCAACUAUCUGCUCAGCUGGCUCCAUGCAAAACAUCGCGAUGGCGUGCGCAUUGUGUCUCCUCUUCACACUGUGGAUUUCCUGGAUGAUUCCCACACGAUCCUGGAAAGCAGGUUCACAGCGAGAGCAAUGGAGGAGUGUAUGGACUCUGCAGUGCCACUGGCAGCCUAUAAGUGGCUGGUGUGUUUCCUGCUGGAAGAGAGCCAGAAGAAGCUGAGGCAGGAGGUGGCCUCGGGAAAGGAUGAGUUUGAGGCCCGAAACGACAGCCAGGUCUACUACUGUCGCUCCCUGGCCAUGGCCUACAUAGAACACAACUGCCUCCAGAGGUUUCAUGAGCUGACUACUGAUACGGACACACCAGCUGGUCUCAGACCUGUUCUAAGCAAGCUGUGUGCCCUGUAUGGGCUGUGGAGCCUCAGCAACCACAUGGCCACACUCUACCAGGGUAAUUACUUCAGUGGAAGGGAGCCCACAGAGUUUGUCCAGAUGGCCAUUCUCACUCUCUGCUCCCAGCUGAAAGAUGAUGCAGUAGCACUGGUGGAUGUUUUGGCACCCACUGAUUUCAUUCUCAACUCACCUAUUGGCAACGCUGAUGGACAGCUUUACAAGAACCUGUGGUCGACAGUGAUGCAGGGCAGCCAGGUGCUGGAACGGCCUUCCUGGUGGAAAGAGUUCUGCUCAGACAAGCCGGUGGUCGGAUCCCUCCGUCCAAAACUCUAGGACCCACUCAACAACCUCACAACCUUUA